UUUAAUUUCAUUUCAGAUGUCGCACAAUAUGCACUCAAUUCAGUUUGAUGAGAAACGCCUUAUUUUCCUGCUAAAUAAUUUGAAUAGAAACCAAAAUGUUGAAUGCGUUCUAGAAGAGCUGUCAACUAUGAAAAUACCGAAAACUGUCGCAAAACAGCUUUCUGUUGUAGACCAAAUUUCAAAAUAUGUUGAUGUGCCCGGUUUGGAAAAGUUGGUUGCAAUAAUUAUGGAAACGAAUUCCACUAACUUUAAAAAAGUAUCGUUUGUAAACAAUAAGUGCGUGAAAAAAGAAUCUGACGAUUUUUCCACUGCAACUUCUCAACUGGGGUCCAAUUCUUCAACAUUUCCACUCAAAUUUGGACCUGGACUCAAUCACGGCAAUGCCUCUCCUUUCCAAACGUUUGCUCAAAAUGGCAAGUCUCCUGGAUCCUCAUACGAAGUUUUGAACCAUGCAUAUUUUCAACAGUUGUAUCAUAAGGUGACAAUGGAAUCAACUGCGUUGAGAGAAACCAGCAACCCAACAGUUGAUCAAGUUCUAGAAGAUAUGAACCAAAUGAAUGGCGCUAGUUUCAUACUUCGAUUUGGAACUCAGAAUUCUGAUACCUGAUAAUUAAAACCAUCUUUCAUGUUUUCAUGCAUUAUUUUUUAUGGUUUCUUGAAUACGUAUCUUAACUUUGAAACACACUUCGAUGAACAUUCUAUUGAAUCAGUUUUUUACUCGUUGAAUAAGGGAGAAAAUAAAUGUGAAAAAUAAAAUAUAUCCAUUA